AUGAUUUUACUACCUGCAGAUGGCCUAAAAACAAUUGAAGGGAGGAUCAAAUCAGGGAAUCUGAUUCUCUUUAAUAAGUCUGUGGUGUUCGAAGUUAAGGGAGUAAGACGAUAUCCUACAUUCUUUGCCAUGUUAGAGGCAGAGAGCCUUGGAAAAGUUCUUCCAGGAGUUGAAAGUGGUGAAGAAGGUGUAAAAGUCUACCGGAGGUUUUACACAGAGGAGAAGGAACAUGAAAAUGGUGUUCUUGCAAUCAUUGUUUCAAAAUUCAGUCCUCAACCAAACGAUUCUUUGGCUAGCUUAUUUUGUGGAUUAAGCUAUGAUGGUGUUCAAGGCCUUCUAGGUCUGAUGCAGACCACAGGGACAAUUUCUGAUGCACUUCCUCCGCCAAUAUCAACUCUAUUUGCUUCGUUUAAUUUUCCCUGCAAUCCAAAUGAAAUUGGACUGACUCUUGGAGCUCGUGCAUUGGCCAAGCAUGCUUGUAGGAGUAGCAGUGGUUAUUGGGGUUCUCUGAAUGGAAACGAUUCUAAUAAAAAUAGGCUUGCAAUGGAUGUUAUUAACCGCUUAAUAGCACAUUGUUGUUGGCUGAAUGUGCACAUUGUCCCACCACAUGGAGUUGUCUUUGAAAUAAGGGUUGCUGAUGGAUAUGGUGCACGCUGGACACAAGAUGGAAGUAAGUUUAUUGGAUUUUUAGAACCCUACAUGCUAGAUGGUCACUCAAAGGAAGGAAGCACUAGUAAUGCUAGCCAGACCACAGCAACUGCACCUUUGUAA